AUGGAAUGGGCUAGGUCGCCGUCCCAAAAAUGCAUUUUCUGGCUGAAUGGAAUGGCUGGUACAGGAAAAUCCACAAUAUCUCGGACUCUGGCAAGGUCGCUCAAGGAUACCAACCAUCUAGGCGCCAGCUUUUUCUUUAAAAAUGGGGAAGGGGACCGAGGGAACGCGAAAAAGUUCUUUCCAACAUUAACAAGACAACUGAUCCUCAGAAUUUCUGGGCUGCGGUCUGGCGUGCAAAAGGCACUUGAUCAUGACCCUGACCUUGUGUCAAGAUCACUCGGGGAGCAAUUUGAGAAACUACUCCUUCAACCGCUGCUCAAUCUUAACCACCUCCGCCGAUACUCUCAGACCGCCGUGAUCGUGAUUGACGCUUUGGAUGAAUGUGAAAAUGAUGAAGAUAUCCAGAACAUAAUUCGAUUACUUCCUCUUAUACAGAAGGCCAAAGCGGUUCAUAUUCAGAUCUUCUUGACUAGCAGGCCUGAACUUCCAAUCAGCCUCGGCUUUUCAGACAUCGCGGAUCAUGAAUAUCAGAACCUAGCUCUUCAUGAGAUACCCGAAGAAGCAACAGAACCUGAUAUAUAUCUAUUCCUACAAAACCGCUUCGAGAAGAUCAGGCAGAACAGAAAUAUUUCCCCAAAUUGGCCUGGCGAUGAUGUCAUCCAAGCAUUGGUCACGAUCUCUGUUCCCCUGUUUAUUUCAGCAGCCACUAUGUGCCGCUAUAUUGGAAAUUCAAAAUUGGAACCCAAGUUGCGCCUCGCAGAGCUUCUAACGGACCAAUCCAAAUAUGUUUCAAGAAUGGAUAAGACGUACAUGCCAGUUCUGACGCGACUGCUUGAUGAUCAAGAGAGUGAUGAGUUAGAGCAGCAGGAGCUCCUGCAAGAGUUCCACAAAAUAAUCGGCUCCAUCAUCCUUCUUGCUGUUCCGCUUUCCAUAAAUGCGCUUUCGCUGUUCCUUGGGAUAGGAGCAGACCAGAUCAGCAAUCUAUUGGAUUCAUUCCGUUCGGUCUUACGCAUUCCCAAUGACCGAGACCAUCCUGUUAGGAUUCUACAUCUAUCAUUUCGGGAUUUUCUGAUCAAGUCUAGAACCGAAUUCUUUGUGGAUAUGCCAAAAAGGCAUAAAGAAAUUACUAAAUCCUGUCUCAAAACUAUGCAGGACCGUCUACAGAAAGACAUCUGCAAACUAGCAAGCCCUGGAACGCAUAGGGUAGAUAUCGACCCUCAACAUAUCCACCAGUGCCUACCACCAGAAGUACAAUACUCUUGCCGCUACUGGGUACACCAUCUCGAACAAAGUCAGGUUCCACCUUCCGAGAUGGGAGAAAUGCGACUAUUCCUUGAGAAGCAUUUUUUGCACUGGGUGGAAGCGAUGAGUCUGUUGGGUCUUAUAUCGGAGGUGGUGAGUAUGCUUGAUAUUCUCCGCACGGUUAUACAACGCUUUGUUCUGAAAAAUCGCCAGAUAGCGGAUGAAGGACCGCUUCAGAUUUAUUGCGCAGGAUUGAUCUUUGCACCUCAAACGUCAAUAAUUAGUACAAAGUUCAAGACAGAUCUUCCUAGUUGGGUACGUCAGUUGCCACAGGUUAAUGAAAGAUGGAGUGCCGAAUUACAGGCUCUCGAGGGCCAUUCAGAGAUGGUUUGGUCUGUGGCCUUCUCGCCUGACGGCCGGCUGCUAGCGUCCGGCUCCUAUGACAAGACAGUCCGACUCUGGGACCCGGUGACGGGCGAUCUGAAGCAAACGCUCGAGGGUCAUUCCAAUCCAGUUAAAGCUGUGGCCUUCUCGCCCGACGGCCGACUACUAGCGUCCGGCUCCUGGGACAAGACCAUCCGGCUCUGGGAGACAACGACGGGCACCCUUCACAAGGCUCUCGAGGGCCAUUCAGAGAUGGUUUGGUCUGUGGCCUUCUCGCCUGACGGCCGGCUGCUAGCGUCCGGCUCCUAUGACAAGACAGUCCGACUCUGGGACCCGGUGACGGGCGAUCUGAAGCAAACGCUCGAGGGUCAUUCCAAUCCAGUUAAAGCUGUGGCCUUCUCGCCCGACGGCCGACUACUAGCGUCCGGCUCCUGGGACAAGACCAUCCGGCUCUGGGAGACAACGACGGGCACCCUUCACAAGGCUCUCGGGGGCAAUUCGGGUUCGGUCAAUUCGGUGGCCUUCUCGCCCGAUGGUCGGCUGCUGGCGGCCGGCUCCUGGGACAAGACCAUCCGGCUCUGGGAGACAACGACGGGCACCCUUCACAAGGCUCUCGGGGGCAAUUCGGGUUCGGUCAAUUCGGUGGCCUUCUCACCCGACGGCCGGUUGCUGGCGUCCAGCUCUAAUGAUAGCAUAGUCCGGCUCUGGGAGACAACGACGGGCACCCUUCAGCAAGUUCUCGAGGGCCAUUCGGAUUCGGUCAAUUGUGUGGCUUUCUCGCCUGACGGCCGGCUGUUGGCAUCCGGCUCCAAUGAUAGCACUGUCCGGCUCUGGGACACUGCUACAGAUACGAAGCAGCAGACGCGUGGCUAUUCGGAUUCAAUUGCCUCGAUUGCAUUCUCUCCCGACGGUCAAUAUCUAUUGUCUACCUCCAAGGCCAAGUUAGUCGGGCUCUGGAAUGUAGCUAUGGGAGUGUUAGAGCAGAAGCUUCAGGGCCGUUUAGAUGAUGUAUCGUCAGUGGUUUAUUCUCCUGAUCGCCGGAUGCUUGCGUCGACUUCCAGAAAUAACACAGUGGUGAUAUGGGAUAUCACAACGGGUGCCCUAAUAGCGUCAAGGAUCAAGGGGAAAAUGACUGAUCCAAAGUCCUCUUCAGAUAUUUCAAACUCAGGUAUAUCUUUCUCAUCACUCGAGGUUCAACGCUGGUUUAGCCAUAGCGUUUUACAUCCACCCGCAACAAAUGCCACGAUUUCCAUUUCUGGACUGGACCGGCAGUGGGUAAAACUUGAAGACAAAAAUGUGUUGUGGUUGCCUCCCGAGUACCGGCCUAGCUGCUUCGCGGUUAGAGAUAAAACUCUGGCCCUGGGACAUGCAUCAGGGCGUGUAUCAUUCCUGCGUUUCGCCUUGAGUUAG